AUGUGCAGUCUCUCAUCAACAGAACAGCCCGUUGCCUCACGGCCCAAACUCACCCUGCAAACCGACUCCCUCCCUCGCACUUUUGGCUCGUCCACCACCGGUCUCUCAGUAUCCUUCGCCGCGGGGCCCAGUGUCUCGCCCACAGUGCGCAACACGUUUAAAAAUGCCUACGAUGUCGCCUCGCCGUCGACGGCAACAAAUUCCCCGUCCAAGGGCCCCGGCAAUCGAUUUGGGAAUUCGAAACCCUCGUCGCCAUUUGCGCUGACUCCAUCGACGCCCCACACCCAUACUCCCAGCCACCCUCACCAUAAUCAUAAUCAUCACUAUCAUUCCUUCCACUACCGGCCGUACCAAAUUCCACUGGGGGUCCGCAGCAUCUUGCGCAACUCGCCUCUCGACUCGGCGACAAGACGACGAUCCGGGUCCAUCUCCGCGGGCGGCACUGCCCCCGGCGGCCCAGGCGCCCGUCGGGUCUUUUUCCCCGCCAAGAAACAGGUCGCCUAUCGCCAGCCACUCGAGGAAGAAAUCCGAACGGAGCGCUAUACGGCCCAGCACCUGGAUCUAGUGCACGAAGAGGAAGAACGAGAACAUAAAAAUACAACUGCAACUGCAACUACAACGCUGCCGACCGCGGCCGUCGCAUCUGAUGUCAGCCCGGAAAACGACUCCGACUCCGAUUCCGGCCGGUCCCUCUCAGAAGAAACCAUCAGCUCGUCGAGCGCCGAAACCAGCGCCGACGAAGACAACAAGAACAACCCCACGGGCAGAUCGCACCGCGCCUCGCUCUCCAAACAGGAGCGCAAGAAGCGGCGCUCGCUGCGCAUCGAGCGGCAGGUCCGCGCCGUCGCGCUGCUGGACGGGCUCGAGCCCUCGUCGCUUGGUUCGGCUACGCCCCAGACGCGGCGCCAGGGUCGGACCAAACGCCGUCGGGAGUGGAAGUGGACGUUGGGGCCGCUUGAUUCCGGCUCCGAUCGGACGAGUCGGCCUGAUGGGUCGGAUGCUUUAUCUGAACCGCGCUCUUCUACGGACUUGCAGAGGUGA